UGAGUUGGAUGGAGAACAUGAACUUUAAGGAAGAGUGUAUCAAUAUCUUCUUGUGCAAGUCAUUAGCUUCUGUUGUUUGAUAAUCAACUUGUUGACCAUUAGAGAUCAUCAGCUUUUGUCAAAAUGAUUCAAAAGUAAAAAAUUCAGGAUCUUUGGGACAAACAAACACGACUGAACCGGUCGGUUCAGAUAAUUCGAGAUUACCGGUCUAAUCGUUAAACCAUAAAAAUCGGAUUUUCAGAAACACUCUGUUUCGUCGAGCGGAUUCGACUUGUCUGGCUCAGGCGUCGCCACAACUCUCCCGCAAGUUCACACACUCACUCGGUGCUCAGAAAAGUUUGUUCUUUUUGCAUCUGUUAGCUCUGAAAUAUCUGGUUCUCUUUUCCUUUCCUUGGAGAUUUUACGAGGUUGUUCUCUGUGAAUAAUCGAUGUCUGCUUCAUGUGCUCUAACACCGUCUGUUAGGACAGAGUUAUUCAGUUCAUCAUCUAAAAGAUCAAUCUUUCCUGCUCAAAUUUGUCGACCCAGGAACAAAUGUGAGAUCAGCAGAAGGGGAUUUGCAAUCAGAGGAGGGAUUGUUGCUUCUGGAGUUUCAGUCAUGGGUACUUCUUCUGCUUCUCAGUCUGUUCAAGGUAGUGAGAGGUUGGCUUUUAAGCCAGAAGGGUAUAACUUUUGGGAGUGGAGAGGUCACAAGAUUCAUUAUGUGGUUCAAGGAGAAGGCUUACCUCUUGUUCUUAUUCAUGGAUUUGGUGCUUCUGUCUUUCAUUGGAGGUAUAACAUUCCUCAACUGGCUAAGAAAUACAAGGUUUACGCCUUGGACUUGCUCGGUUUCGGAUGGAGUGACAAAGCUCUCAUAGAGUAUGAUGCCAUGGUUUGGACAGAUCAAGUUAUUGAUUUCAUGAAAGAGAUAGUGAAAGAACCAGCUGUUGUGGUCGGGAACAGCCUCGGGGGAUUCACGGCAUUGUCAGUUGCGGUUGGAUUACCCGAGCAGGUCACGGGAGUUGCUCUUCUAAACUCUGCAGGACAGUUUGCAGCCGAGAGUAGAAAAGGAGAGGAAGCUGAUGAAACCGUGAUAACCAAGUUUAUAGUUAAGCCACUUAAAGAGAUUUUCCAACGCGUGGUUCUUGGGUUCUUGUUCUGGCAAGCCAAGCAACCUUCUCGAAUCGAAUCUGUCUUAAAGAGUGUGUACGUAGACUCUACUAAUGUCGAUGACUACCUCGUCGAAUCCAUUUCAAAACCUGCAACAGAUCCAAAUGCUGGAGAAGUAUACUACAGAUUGAUGACAAGGUUCUUAACAAACCAGAGCAGAUACACUCUAGAUAGUGUUCUAAGUAAGAUGACUUGUCCGCUUCUGUUGCUUUGGGGAGAUCUUGACCCGUGGGUCGGUCCAGCUAAAGCUGAGAAAAUAAAAGCAUUUUACUCGAACUCAUCGCUCGUGCACUUACAAGCAGGACAUUGUCCUCAUGAUGAAGUCCCAGAAGCUGUAAACAAGGCUUUGUUGGAUUGGUUGUCCAUUAAUGUAGCUUCAAAGCCAGCUUCUCCUAUAGCCUUGGAGACGUAAAGACUCUUUUUGUGAAGGAAGUAUAUAGUUGUAAAUACAUUGUUACCUUUUACAAUUGCUGCUUCUGAGCUUGUGUUAUCUGAGAUUUAGCGGAGGUCGGAGGAUAUGAUCAAGAAUCUGAUUUUAGAGCAUA